CCGGCCCAUUCGGUUUCCCUUGCAGCCGGAGCCCCACGGCCGCCAAGCAGAGCCUCCUUAGCUUAGCUCUCCAGAACCGGGCCGGUGAAGCCGAAGCAUGAAGCUGCCCAGUGGGAUCUGCUGUUUCCUGCUCAUUGGCCUGUAUGUUGACUUGGCUCAGAAUGGGCUGACGGGAACCCUCAGAAGACAACCACGGCAGAGGGGCUACAGAGUCCUGAGGAAGGCCCCCUCCCUCAACCGCAGAGCACGUGGGCAGUCUGAGCCGCCGCCACCGGCCACCCCAACGCAAAGGCUUCCUGUCCGGGACCCCGAGGGCGGCGCUGUGGACCUGGUCAUCCCGCUGGCGAGCUCUCUAGGGGAAGAGUCGGGCUACGACGUGUUACCAGGCAGGAAGGGCCAGUGCUCCUUCGGAGGGAUGAUGAUGUACAACAGGGCCGUGUGGUCUCCCGAGCCCUGCGUCACCUGCCUCUGCUCUGCCGGGAAAGUGGUCUGCGAUGAGGCCACGUGCCCGCCUCGCCAGUGCCCGCGGACCGUCACCCCCGAAGGCGAAUGCUGCCCGCUCUGCUCGGAUGCUGCCCAAAGCGAACGUUCGGACCGGCGAGGAGAGGACUUGCUCCGGCCCCCCGGGCGGAGGGCUGGGCUACUCCAGAGGAAGGAGCAGGAAUCCGAGGAAGAGGACUUCUGGGAGAAAGGCAGAGAGAAGGCCCAAAAGAAGAAAGGCAAAGGGGGGAAGCCCCAGCCCCAGAGACAUGCAGAGGAGAGGCCACCGGAGAACGCGAGGAGGAGAGCGGGCCCCGGAGAGCCAAAGGCAGCCCGGCAGAACGUGGGCAGAAUGGCGCAGACACCCCGGAGCCAAGAAAGGGGGGACGAGGACGAGGAGGACGAGGAGGACGAGGAGGAGGACGAGGAGGAGGACGAGGAGGACGAGGACGAAGACGAAGCUCCCUACUCCCCGGGGCCUGAUCCCCCUUUGCCCAGGGCAUGCACCAUUUGGGAGCAUGAAAUGAGCUGCACCAAUGCCAACCUGAGCCAAGUGCCCGUCAUUUCGGACCCGGAGUUAACGAGCUUGGAGCUCAUCGGGAAUUCCAUCCGCCGCAUCCCGGAUGGAGCAUUCCUGGGAACGCCUAAUUUGGAAACGCUGGACCUGCGCAGAAACGCCCUCACUGCUUCUGGGAUCAGCCCCAACGCGUUCAAGCCCCUGAAGAAGCUGAGCUGCCUGUAUCUGGACGGCAACGGCUUGGUCCGGCUCCCGCCCGCGCUGCCCGCGGGGCUCCUGGAACUGAAAGUCAGCCAGAACGCUCUCCGGUCCCUCGAGGAAGACGCUCUGGCAGGUCUAGAGCACCUGAUCACCCUGGAGCUGGAGGGGAACGAGCUCAGCGAGUCCAACGUCAGUCCUCUGGCCUUCGCCCCACUGAAGAGUCUGUCUUACUUGCGCCUGGGGAAGAAUCGGUUCCGGAUCAUCCCCCAGGGCCUCCCCGCAUCCAUCGAGGAAUUAUACCUGGAGAACAACCAGAUUGAAGAAAUCAAAGAAACAGCUUUUAACCACACCAGAAAUAUCAACGUCAUCGUGUUAAGCCACAAUAAAAUCGAAGAAAACAGGAUCGACCCUUUGGCGUGGAUCCAUCACGAAAACCUGGAAUCGGUUGAUCUUUCUUACAACAAACUCUAUCACGUUCCCUCCUACCUGCCCAAGUCCCUGCUGCACUUGGUGCUGGUUGGGAACCAAAUCGAGCGGAUCCCCGGGUACGUGUUGGGCCACCUGAAGCCGGGCCUCCAGUACUUGUACCUCUCCUUCAACCGGCUGCGCGACGACGGCAUCCACCCCGUGUCGUUCUACGGGGCCUACCAUUCCUUGAGGGAGCUCCUUCUGGACCACAACGAGCUGACGGCCGUCCCCUUCGGGAUAGCCCGCAUGACGUCGCUGCAUCUUCUGAGGCUGAACAACAACAAGAUACGGAGCGUUCUCCCGCAGCGAGUGUGCAGGGCCAAGGGCAGAGACUCUCCUCUGGAGCACCUGCAUCUCGAGAACAAUUAUAUCGGCCUUCGAGACCUCUCACUUCACUUGUUUUCCUGCAUGCGAUCGUACGCCAGCGUCGUCCUGAGGCCACAGAAGGCCAAAUAGGAGCGGGGCCGCCUCGGUCCGACGCACCCCACGGAUGCUGCUUCUCUGACCCACAGAGCAGGGGGCAGGCAGCAGAACCCCCCAGUCCUGCCACCCUCCCCAGUAAUGGAACCCCCCGCCCCAUCCCCAGUAAUGCGUCGGAGGGCACCGUGGGGUCAUUCUGGGAAUCGGGCGCUCGUUAACAGGCGCCGCAGAAGGCCUAAAGGAGGGCCCUGGAGCAGCCACAAGUCGCGGACAGCGCCAGG